AUGCCUAAAAUGUCCUCAAAGGGGACAUUGCGACAGUCGCAAAAAAUCCUCCACAGCAGUAAAGUUAUUUGGAAUGGUUCUGGGAUUGAUGAUGGUGAAAUUUUGAGUAAAAAAGUGGAAAUUGCAACGUCUCCAGGUGAUAAUUACAACAGUACCAUACACCGGAUCUUUCUUACUUUUACUGAUGGGCUGAAGAAGGGAAGAGAUCCUAAGAAAAUUCAAUUUCUCGUAAAACGCCUGAAUGGUUUUGAAACGAGCGGAACUUUUGCCGAAUUUGGGGCAAUUUAUGACCUGGAAAAGGACAUGUUGAAGGAUAUUAUGCCACGAUUGAGUAGAUUAACUGAGGGAAUCCAAUUUGCACCUAGGCACUACCACUCGCUCCCUGGACGUCAACUAAUGCUUAUAGCAAUGGAAGACCUCAAAGAACUUAAUUAUCGAAUGGUUGAGAGAAGAAUUGGCCUAGAUUACGAGCAUUGCUGUGUUGUCCUCCGAAAAUUGGGCCAAAUGCAUGCAGCGUCGAUGUUUCUGGCCAAAGAGGAUCCAUCCCUCCUUGACAAAUACACCUUUGCCCCCCUUCCGGGUUCAGAUGAAAAACCAGGUAUAUUGCAGACCUAUUUCUCCCUGAAUUUCCCAUCAUUGUGCAAAAUUGCAAAGAAUUGGGAAGAUUUUGAAGAUAUUUCCCUCAAGCUGGAGCAGAUGAAGGAUAAUUUUUGGGAUUUAGUACCAAAGAGUCUUUCAAGGCGCAAUGAUGGCUACAGAGUCAUUAAUCAUGGUGACAUUUGGAUUAAUAACAUGCUCUUUAAGUACAAUGAGACCACAGGAAAGCCCACAGAUGUUCUCUUUGUUGACUUUCAGGGAAGCCACUUUACCUCACCUGCUUAUGAUCUUCAGUACUUCUUUAGUUCUAGCCCACAGAAUUGGGUGCGUGAGCAUCAAAGGGAUGAUCUCCUGCGCAUCUACUACAAUGCCUUUGCAGCAACCCUCAAGAAUUUAGAAUAUGAGGAAAUUCCAACAUUUGCAGAUCUUGAGGAAGAAAUGAAGAAGAAGGAACUUUAUGGCUUCCUUACGGCUGUCUUUAUCCUCCCUUUAGCUUGCAUGGAGGAACAGUCAGCCCAAGGGAGUGGACAUUACUAG